UCGUCACGUCAUCAACACGUGCCGGAAGUGGUGUGCCUCACAUGUCUCUCUGUCAACUCUCAAAUAAGUGGUUCGUGCGUGCUUCUCGCCCACUUGGAAACUUUAUGAGGUAAUUUUCCCCUGGAUGAAGGCUGCAAAAUGUUUGACCAAAAAGAAUCCACAUAAGGGCAUUUUUUGAUUGACGCGUUUGUAAAUAUUAUGAACGUGCUGAGUGCUGUCACUUCGUGCGUGUCCGCCGCCGCUCGUCCACUGCUCCUCGCCCCGCGUCGUUGUCCUCUUCUGCGGCCUGCCUGGCACCCGUGUCGUUCAAUGGCCGACAACAGGAACCACAACAACAAGAUGGAGAAGAGACCCGCCAAGCAGCAAGCAAAGCCGCUGCGGAGGCUGAAGGGCAAAGAGAGCCGCAACAAACGAGGCGACGUGCACGGCCCCGCCACCGUAUACGUGCAGGUGGUUGGCGCCGGAAGUCGAGACAACGCUGCGUCACUUUACGUCUUCUCCGAAUACAACAGGUAUUUGUUCAACUGUGGAGAAGGGACGCAGAGACUCAUGCACGAACACAAGCUGCGAGCGUCCCGACUGGACAAUAUCUUCUUGACCCGAAUGAGCUGGGAAAACGUGGGCGGGCUUUCUGGAAUGAUCCUCACCUUGAAGGACACCGGAGUCCCCGACUGCGUUCUCUCGGGACCCCCUCAGCUGGAGAGCUACGUGAAGGCCAUCAAGACUUUCUCUGGGCCGCUGGACAGCAUCAAACUUUCCGUUCGUCCAUACACGGACCAAACAUACACGGACGACACCAUGACCGUUGUGCAAGUUCCCAUCUUUGCCCCAGCAGGGAACAGCCCUGGCCAGCCCUCUCCAGGAAGUAGCCGCUCCCCAAGCCCGACCUCCCACACAAGAGAUGGCGACCAACCCGAUCAUGCCAAAGACCAAGCAGGCGACAAAAGAACAGUUACAAGAGACUCCUCACUGGUGGUCGCGUUCAUAUGCAAACUUCAUCCCAAGAAAGGCAACUUCUUGGUGGUCGAGGCCAAAGAACUUGGACUUCCUGUUGGCACGGCGGCGAUUGGCCCACUUAUCGCCACUCUGAAAAGCGGGAAAAGCGUCACAUAUGAUGGCAAAGAGAUCCGACCGGAGCAGGUGUGCACGCCCACCGAUCCGGGGCUGGCGUUUGUCAUCGUGGAGUGUCCGUCCGAGGAGUUUGUCACGCCUCUAUGCAACAGUCAGCACUUCUCAAGGUAUCACAACGGGGGGCCGGAGGACGCCCCUGCUCUCGUGGUGCACAUCACUCCAGAGGCGCUGCUGAACACGGAUCAGUACCAAGAUUGGAUGAAAAGGUUCCCAGCCAGCACCGAGCACCUGAUCCUGAACGAGCACGCUGGCUCCGCCCACAACGUCCGCAGCCACAAGAUCCAAGCGCAGCUCAACAUGAUCCACCCCGACGUCUUCCCGCACCUCACCACCUACACGCCUAAAGAUCCCCGGGCAUCUGUUGAGACGUCCACUGUGCGAGCCGAGUGUCUGCUGAAGUUUCAGCUGCGACCGGUCAUCGAGUGGCAAAGAGACGCCAUCCCCCCCUGCAAUCACGAGGAGUUUGUCAAAGAAGCCUAUGAUGUCCCCAACUUUUUGCAGGAAGUGGACAAAUGUCGCCAUCUGCGCUCAAGCACAUCCGCAGUGCCUGCUGGACAAGCAGAAUAUCCCGAGUUUGUUUUUCUGGGAACUGGAUCGGCCCUGCCCAUGAAAAUCCGAAACGUCAGCAGCACUUUAGUCAACAUCAGCGCGGGCCGUUCACUGCUGUUGGAUUGCGGCGAGGGGACCUUCGGUCAGCUGUGCAGACACUACGGCGACGGCGUGGACGAGGUUCUGUCCCACAUCUCGGCCGUGUUUGUGUCGCACAUGCACGCCGACCAUCACACGGGUCUGGUCAAGCUGCUGUAUCAAAGACAACGUGCCCUGGCGACUCUCGGGAAAGCCUGGAGUCCCGUGUUGCUGCUGGCUCCCCGGGACAUGUUGAGCUGGCUGCGGCAGUAUCACGACGGCUGCGAGGAGAUCCUCCAUCACAUCAACUUCAUUCCAAACGACGUCCUACGCCACAAAGCUGACACUCCCAAGCCGAGGACGCAAGCGUUGAUCGCGGCGUUACUGAAGGACAACGCCUUGGAAAAGUUUGAGACGUGCACAGUCCGUCACUGCAAGAACGCCUUCGCCUGCAGCCUGACUCACCAGUCGGGCUGGAAGUUGGUCUUCUCCGGAGACACCAUGCCGUGCGACGCUCUGGUGCACAUGGGGAAGAAGGCCACCCUGCUGAUCCACGAGGCCACGCUGGAGGAUGGCUUGGAGGAGGAAGCGGUGGACAAGCGGCACAGCACGACAUCACAGGCGAUCGACGUGGGCAUGAGGAUGCAGGCCGACUUCAUCAUGCUGAAUCAUUUCAGCCAGCGCUACGCAAAGAUCCCGCUCUUCAGCCAAGACUUCACCGAGCGAGUGGGCAUCUCCUUUGACCACAUGCGGGUGCGCCUGGGAGACUUGAAGGUCCUCCCGGCUCUAAUCCCGGCACUCAAAACACUCUUCGCCGAGGAUCUGGAAGAAAUGGAGGAGAGACGAGAGCGACGGGAGCUCAGGCAGAAACGGACAAGCGACGGCGACGCCAGCCAAGAGCAUGACGCCGCUGUUGUUCUCCACGCCAAGAGACUGAAGAGCAGCUGAUGACAUUCGCUAUUCGCCAUGGGAAAAAAAUCAGCCCUCCGCCGCCAAAUAGCCAACAUUCGCACGCCCAAAAAGGCUCACAAUUGUUCACAGGUGCCAGAAGAUUAAGGGCGAAGUGCUAUGUUUAUCCAAAUGAGCUUCCUCAACUCGUACAUAUUUUCGUUGUCACCAAGACACCACUUUAACAAUUUCUUAACACAAAGACAGCAACAAAGCUCAACUGUUGUCUAAAUGAAACUCCAAAAUAGUCCCUUGGCACCAAGAUAGCAGCAAAGCAUGACUUUUGAUUAAAUUCCUCAAUUCAUUUCAACACCGGUCCUUGACAUUAAGACACCACAAAGUUAGUGCUUAAAGCACUCAUUUUAUCUACUUCAACACCAAGAUGUCGCCACAGUAAUAUUUUUAGUUGAAAUUUUGUGAAUUAUGGAGGCUUGAUUUAAAAAAAGAAACAAAGAAAACAAAAAUCUGAAUUGCUAUAAUUCCACUUUAUUACAUCCAAGCCAUAAACCUUGAUUUUUUUGUUUUUUGGUUUGAAUGUAGUGUUUUUGUUUGCUUUUGAACGAGCAAAGUAAUUUUUGCAUGUAGUUUACCUUUCGAUGGCGGCAACUGGAAAAUCGAACUUGUAUAAUCAUGAGUGAGCAUGAUGGCAGUUUUUAGUUUGGGCUUUUCGGUUAUUGUCUGCCUGCAUUAUGACCACUCAGCCCAAUUUGAAAUGAGCAAUUUCAACAAGAAUUAUGUUUCUCGCGUGUCAGUGUCGUUGCAUGUUUAGUUUGUUUGUUAACUACCUCAAUAGCCUGAAGUGUAAUUUUUUUUAAUGUAAGCUAAAACACCCUUGGUCCAAACUGACCUGAAAUAGCACCCAUGUGUGCAACACUAUUGUGCGCAGGACAGUCAAAAAUAUAUAAGUGUUAAUUAACUGCUCAUUUUGUCAAAUUGUCUCCAUUAAAUUUUGUAAAAUGUUGAAUUGGGUCAAAUUGACUCCAAAGUUAAAAGGAGAUUUGACUGGACAAAAUCAGCAUCACACAGUCUGCAAGUAACAUUUUGUAAAGGUAAAAGGUUAUGUGGGUUUGUUUUUUUUUCAUGACCUUUGGCCCAAAUUAAACUCAAGUUUUUUUUGUGCGUUUGUCACUCAUUAGUGCAAAUCACGCCAACAAUGAAAUGAAAAGUGCACUGAAAGCUUACGUGUCAUUCAUCAGUUGAAAACAAUGAGCAAUAUAAAAGGAAAUUAUUUGUACACGAA